GUGUUAAAAGACAAAUGUGGUGUAGCAGAAACGAGAAAUCAGUCCUCUGAAAGGAAAAUUUUGAAUCAUGAAACAGAAAAUGACCACCUGGAUAUUCAGUUAACGGGACUGAACACAACACUACGACAAUUUGAACAUGAAAAGGAAGAGCUCAGACGUCAAAUUGAAAUAUUUGAAGAAAUUUUAAUUGGUUAUCAGCAAAGUGCAUUAGCAGCUUUGGCGCUAUUACAAAGUGGAGGUCCAGAUGCAAUUCCAGCGAUUAAAAAAUUGAUGGAAAAUUUGCUACAAUAA